AUGGCGACCGAGGCCCUCCCGACGCCGGCCUCCAUCACAGGCGGCCGCCUCCGCGUCGAUCUCCCACCGUCCCACGACUUCCGGUGCCGCUACAAUACGGGCUCCCUCUUCCUGUCCCUCUACAGCGUCGCAAUGUCCGCCAUGUCGUUCCUCCCCGGCAACGAGACGGGGCGAGGGGUUUGA